UUUGUCUGUGUCUGUGGCAUUGACAUCUGACAUAUAACCUCAAAAAUUUAAAUACGAAAAUAAUUAAAAAUAAAUCUGAAAUUUUAGGUGUUUUAUGUUAUUUUCCUAUUUGAUAUUUUCAUAGAAAUUGCCGUUCCUAGAUAGUGUUUCAAAUUAAAUAUUGAAAGCAACGUUUACCUCACAGGGUUCAGUCUCACUCUCAACUGUUCCUCGAGCAUUUAAAAAUAUUCCUUCAUAUUAAUUAAUUUUAAAAUGAAUUCUCAACAAAUGAUGACUGAAGCAGAUCAAAUUAAAACGUUCAAAGAUUUCCUCGUGCAGUACAAUAAGUUGUCAGAACUGUGCUUUAAUGACUGCGUUCACGACUUCACUUCGAGAAAUCUCCGACCUUCAGAGGACAAAUGCACACUAAACUGUAUGGAGAAGUAUUUGAGGACCAACCAAAGAGUGUCCCAAAGGUUCCACGAGUUCCAAAUGUUAGCCAAUGAGAACAUGUUAGCAUUAGCUCAAAAGUCUGGUAAUCCAAGUUAAAUGUUUACUUUUAAGUUAGACUUAAUUUAUCCUAUUAGUGUUUUGGUUCUAAUGUUGAUUAAUAAAAUGUUGUUGAAUAGUU